AUGCAGGCUUCACAGGAGAGAGUCAUGAGCAGUUCGUUUCAGAAUGAAAUCCCGAAAGCAAGGGUAAAUCUGAAAUUAGACCUACAUACAGGUGGUGGGCAGAAGAAAGUGGAGCUUCCGCUCAAACUGCUGGUUGCCGGUGAUUUCAGUAACGGACAGGAAGAGCGUCCACUGUCAGAGCGUGUAAAAACGGAUAUUAAUAAAAACAAUUUUAAUGAUGUUCUGGCAGAUAUCUCCCCGUCUGUGCGUCUGAAUGUGGAGAACACGCUUGCCGGUGAUGGCUCUGAAGAGAGCAUCAGCCUGACGUUCCGCAAUAUGAACGAUUUCACGCCAGAGCAGGUCGCCCGACAGAUUCCCCGUCUUAAAGCCAUGCUGGCCAUGCGCAGCCUUCUGCGGGACCUGAAAGCCAAUCUGCUGGAUAACGUGACUUUCCGUAAAGAGCUGGAAAAAAUUCUGCGUGACCCGGCACUGAGCCAGACGCUGCGUGAUGAAUUGCGUGCACUGGUGCCGGAAAAGGCGUGA